UCUCCUCGCGCUCUAACCUCUUUCCCGCCCCUUCCCCGUCACCAUGGUAACGCAGGCGUCCGGUCAGUUCUGUUUACAAACAGCGAGAGGUGUCUAAGUGUUUAGACGUCACAGCUCCGCCUUCUAUCAUCUCUCUCAUGAGGAGCCAGAGCUGACCUUUUGCCAGGAUGGAGGUGGCCCCGUCUGGCCCGCAGACGCUCUUGGAGGCCCACAGGAGAGGGACGCCUCUGCCCCUGAGCCAGCUGGUGGAGGAAACCAGGAGCAGAGCCAGCAUCCCAAAUCAUUUGCUGGACUCAAAGAUCUAUGCCAAACCGAAAAGCAACAGUCAGAUCCAUGCCGAGCCCUCGGAGCUGCACUUCAGCAGCUUUGAGCUUGGAAAGAAUUACACCAAGAUCCUGCAGAAACUAAUCAACACCUCAUCUGAAGCAAUAAAUAUUCAUAUAAUUCCAACCCAAACAAAGUAUUUCCAGACAACUUACACCAAAAAGUGUCGGCUCAUCCCCGGCCUCGCCUACACCUUGAAGAUUGCGUUCUGCCCGGAGGAGUGGCGCUACUUCUAUGACUGCAUCCGUGUUCACUGCAAGGGUGAAGAGAACCUGUUAAUUCCAGUUCAUGCUUACCCUGUCAUUGAUGACCUGCACAUCCCCCCUCACAUCGACCUGGCAGCCGUUCCGCUCGGACAAAGGUGUGUGUGGAGAUCCGUGGUGGAGAGUGCUCUGACCUUCCAUCUGCCCAGUGUUCAUCGAGCAAUUCCCCUGAGAUGCAGCUGUCCAAUUGACUUUGAGUUUCAGGUGUAUGUUAUUCAGCCACACGAGGCCUUCUCCAUCCACCCCCUCACAGGUGUGAUACCAGCCAAUGGAGAAGCAAAGAUUACUGUGACGUUCUGUCCUCUCCAGUAUGAAAGGUCUCAGUUCACCUUCCAGCUGGUUGUCUCCCAGUUCAACACCAAACCCUACCUGUGCACCAUCAACGGGAGCUCAACUCUUCAUUUAGCACUCGGCCAGUUGGACAGAAAACCAGAUGACAGACUUGCUACCCCUGCAGAAUACAGAGGACGUCCACUUCCUGCUCAACGACCUCCUAGAUGUAAAAGCAGGCAGAGUUCGAUCAAGGAGGCUGACAAAUUAAAGGAGGUUGUUAAGCAUGGGCCACCACCUUCAGUGGAUGUCUGUAUGCCUGCAGGGGUGGCGAAGAUGCUUAUCAAAGACAUCAAUAAACUCAAUUCAAAAGAUCUAAAGAAAGCCUUGUCCUGCGGCAGUAUGAAAGGAAAACAAAGCAGGACGAUGAAAGAGGCUCUGUUCAUGAAAAAGGUUCAACAAGCUGCAGGGGAGGAACAAGCACACCAUCUCAGAUGGCAAGUUCAUCCAGGUAUGGAGCCGGUGUCGGAGCAAAGGCAGCGGCAGAUACUAGAGGAAAGAGAGAUGGCUCUGCAUGAAUACAUGGUUGAAAAGGGAGAUGAAGACUUUGCUCUGGAACAGACCAAACUUUCUUCUAGACGGAUGCUUCGUGAUGCAGGACAGGAUCCAGACGGAGAACCAGUCUUCCAGCUGUACACCAGUAUUCACUGGGAACUGAGACAGAGAGUCCUCACACUGUUUCAGCAGGCAGCUCGGAAGGUAGUAAUUCGGUGCCGCUUGCAGCGCAGACUGGCCUCUUUAAAGAAACUGGCAGAGAGCAUAAGGAAGGUUCCCUCAGUGGAGAACGUUAAGGACAGAAAAUGUGAGUUUGAAGUAUCUGUAGACAACGUGUUGCCGUCAUCCUUCCCCAUUUUCCCCCAGGAGGUCAAUCCCAUGGAUUGGAGGAAUUUGGUGGCAUUGCCUGUGGAUCCUAUUGAUGUGACUGUGACAGCACACAUUCCUUUCUUCAAGCUCCAGGUUCCCCAGCACUAUAAGCUCAUGGGUUACCGGCCUGCGUCUGUUUGGGAAGCAUUUAACUCCUAUGUUCCCACAACACUGGCCAGGCCUCUUCGUGCUAGACCUCAGGAUGCGCAGGAACCUGUUGAAGAGGGGCACAAACUUCUCAGAACGAUGGAGCUCAAAGUCGGGCAGAAUGCAGAGGAGCUUGUAUCCGCAAAGGAGACUGCUAGACUCUCUUUCAGUGCUCCUGAAGCUCUGAUCAGGCCUUUUCCUGCAAACCCUCUCAGAAUCUUUAAUCCAGCCCCGGGCCUUCAGUCUUAUAAACCACAGCCUAAGUACCUGGAGAGCGAUUUGGAGUUUCACCUCUGUCCUCUGCCAAGGUAUACACUCCGUGAGAGCAACACCUCCGGCCUAAUGACACUAACUCCACACGCUGAGUUUCUCCAUCAUGAGGGAUCAGUCCACGGGAUCACGAAACAGAGGAACCCUGAUUCAGUCUCUUUAUUAUCCGAGUCCGUCCCGCUCGCCACUAACAGCUCCCCUCGUAGGUUCGUUGACUACAACACAGAUAUCCUCCCUCUCUCUGCACCUCCUCUUCUUGCCGCCCUCCCCGACGGUCUUCCACCGCUAACAGAGUCCCCGUGUGUAGGUCCAGGGGUCCAGCUGACACCAGAGAUUAUCAGAGCCGAGUUCCUGCUGAAGAAAGCUCCCGUCUCCAAUAGCAACCUCACCGCAGGAAUAAGAGCCAGACUGGAGGUGACCCACAGGUCUGAGAUAAACCAGAUGCAAAGAAGACUGAUGGCCAGACUGAAGCAGCUUGAAGGAGAGAAACCUGAAUAGGCAAAACCGCUGCACACACACAUCCUCUUCAGGAAUAAACACAACUGCUUUCCUCCGGAGGCACAUUAUUCAGCAGCCAUCCUACUCAGCCGCAUGCAAGACUCUCUUUUGUCUGUUUUGCCACUUCUAUAUAAUGAAACCUAGUUACUUUCUCGCCCACCUGUAAAGCUUCUUCUCUCCCACUCAAAAUUGCAUAUAAGCCUCCCUUCUGAGCUCUCAGAAAGGCUGGAACUGUGUUACCCUACCACCUACUUCAUUCAGAUCCGUGUGCAGCGAAGGCACAGCUACAGUAUGUUCCAACAAGCUGCACCACAUCAACUCUGACAGCUUGGUUUUGAUAUUAACAGGACUGUUAAUGGUUUAAAUGCAGAUGAAAGCCAAAUAAUUUCACCCUCUCUGUACGUCUGACAAUGAGUCCUAAUUGAGGUUUUGUGUUUUGAGAAGAUUCAGCUUUUAAUUUGACCUACAGCCUUCUGAUUUUCAGGGACUGCGUAUUAUUCUAAUGUUAAUUAGAGACAUCAGUUCAACAUUCACACUUAUGCUGUUGUAAAAAAAAAAAAAAAAAAGCAGCUGACUUCAGGAUUUGAUUAUCAAAUAAGCUGACAAGCUGCGAAGUCACCAGGAUGUAAUCCAGCGCACAUGUCGCCUAUCACCCAUAGAGGGAGCUCCAGCUCUAUGCCUCUAUCAGGUAGAAGCAGCUGCUUGCAUGUUUGUCUAACAGUGAAUAUUUGUACACUUACGGAUGGCAGUGGACUGUAGAAAAAUAAGGUGACACUGAAUUGCCUGUUUGUACUCCCUUCUACAGACACACACAAAGCCAAAAAAAGGUCACAUUAUUUAGACUUGUGGUAGGAUCCAAACAGAACUGCAGAAGCAUGUAAUUUUAUGGCUAUGCUUUCAGAUUACAUUUUAAAAGAAGAAUGCUCUUGUUUUGGCUACGAAGGACAAUCCGACAGAAAAAUAUCUUAUUUCAUUAUUAAAAUUUUUAGAAAUAUUUUUUUUCUUCUUUGUUGGUCAAAAACUAAAGCCCAGCAGGGAUAGAGAUACAUGUUCCUCACAGACUGUAAUAAAAAUAGUAGUAACAAAAGUAUAUUGAAGGACAUAGAGACACUAUUCACAUUUCAAUAUAUUACUCUCCUGAACCACAAAGUUUAGUUUGUUUUUGUUAAUUUUAUAAAUAAAAAUCUGAAAUAUGUGGUGUGCAUUUAUAUUCAGCUCCCCUGAGUCAAUAUAACGCUGCCACCUUUGCACAUCAAGAGACUAAAAUGUUCUUCUUAGCAAAAUAGCUCAAGCUCAGCCAGACUGGAUAGAGAUCAUGUUUGAACAGCAGUUUUCAAGUCUGGCCACGGAUUCUCAUUUAGAUUCACAUGAAUUAGGUUUGAUCUAAGCUUUACGCUCUAGCUGCAUGUUUUUUGGUCAUUGUCCUGCCGGAAGGUGAACCUCUGUCCCAGUCUCAAGUCUUUUGCACCCUCUAACAGGUUUUCUUAGAUGACUGACUUGUAUUUAGCCUCAUCCAUCUUCCCGUAAAUUCUGACCAGCCUCCGUGACUCUGGUGAAGAGAAGCGUUCCCACAGCAUGAUGCUGCACCAUCACUACACAGGGUGUGAUCAGGGUGGUGUGUAGUGUUAGAUUCCCACCAAAAAUUGUAUCUUGAUCUUUACGGACCUGAGGACAUUCAUGUUUGCUGUGUGUCCUUCUGCAAAUGUCAAAUGGGACUUUUGAUUUUCUCUUAACAGGGUAUUUGAUUUUUGGACUGAGCAACUAAUAGGGUGGCUGUGGCUCAGUAAGCAGUAGGAAGAGUAGAUGAAUCGGACUGCUGUGGAUGCGACCCCCGCCACAUGUCAGUGUGCCUUUUGGCAAGGAAGUAAAUCUCCAGUCCCUUUUCACUACUGCUGGUGUUAAGUCUAGUAGCCCUUUGAGUCCUGGUAGGAUUAGAAAAGUGCUACUAAAAAAACAAUAGUUGUCCCCUGAGCUGUGGAUCUCUGCAGCUCCUCCAGAGUUAAAAUGGACCUAUUGAUUGCUUUCUUUGAUGAAUUCUUUCCUUGCCUCGCCUACACAGCAUCCCCAGAGCAUGAUGCUGCUGUUACCAUUGCCCAUUAACAUCAUGUGAUCAGGCUGAGCAGUGUUAGUUUAGUGAAUUCUGGGCUGAUUAUAUUUCAGGGUUUUAUGGUAAUGAGGCCUGAAUGCAGAACAUGCAGAACAUUUCAGAUUUAUAAAAAAACAAACCUUUAAAAGUGUGUUUUAUAGAAUAAUGCAGUAGUUUGUGUUGGCCUGUCCCAUAAAAACCCAAUGAAACAAA